UUGAAUGUUAUAUAUUGUUUUACAUAAAUCAUUUGUUUUGUAUGAUGAUAACACUAUGUUGGUUCCACUUGUAGCCCCUAAAUCCUAAUAGUGAGGUGAGAUUCAAUGAACAAAUUGAAUAGGGCUGCUUGACCAUGCUAAACUAGCUUACCUUGAAGAUAUUUAAAGAACCUAAUAAGUUGUAAUUAAAUGCAUGAUGGCUUGUCUAAAUUCAUGGUAUGUCAAAAGUGAUGAGUUCCUGCAACUUGUUCUGCAGUGCCUUAAUUACUUGCAUUGCAACCAAAUUGUUGUCCCCAUACACAGUUUCUGAAACUUGCUUUUUCUUUCUUUCUGCUCUGCCUUUCUACUACUUGUUUAUAAUAAUUAGUGCCACUGCUUUUGCCAAAACAACAAGAAAGAUGAAGGCUGAGUUUCAAGAUUUUUCCAAUCAGAUGUUUCUGUGCAAAGGGCGGCGUACUAAACGUCCCCGGGCAUCGCCCCCGGUUGGGGUAGCCGUUGAUUCUUGCCCUUCCGGGGAUGGUGGUGGUGGUUGUUAUUUGUCGCUUGUUCACUCUCCGGAAAGUUCUUGUAGUCAGAUGUCCAUGGCAACCCAAGAAGACGAGAACAUGGCGCACUGCCUGAUUCUCUUGGCAAGAAGUGGUUGUCCUAAGCAAGAUGCAGGUAAUGAUGUUAAGGCAGAGAGAAUUAGUUGCCAGAAAUCCUCUGACACGGUGACUUCCACCGCAGCCGCCACCACCACCACAAGUGUUUACGAGUGCAAGACAUGCAAUCGGAAAUUCCGGUCAUUUCAAGCUCUUGGUGGCCAUAGAGCAAGUCACAGUAAGCCCAAACUCAUACCGGAGGAUCACAAAAAAUCCACACCGCUCGAUCACCACCACCACCACCAAGAAAUUCAAGACAAAACACACGAGAAAUCGAACAAGACUAAGAUUCACGAGUGUUUGAUUUGCGGGUCGCUGUUCUUUUCGGGCCAAGCCUUGGGUGGCCACAUGAGAAGACACAGGCCACUACACAUCAACACCACUAUUACAAUGAAGGCUCCCAUGGAUGAUGAUGAUCAAGAGAAGCCUAAACCUGUUUUCACACUUGAUCUUAACUUACCUGCUCCAGAUGACGAUGAAGCUGAUGACGAAGAUACCACCAUGUUUGAAUUCUCAGACAAGCAACAAAGCUCUGCUUUCUCCACCUCGGCUAUGGUGGAUUGUCAUUACUAAACAACAUAAGUAUCUAUGUACGCGAUUCGCACCGAGUACAACUAAAACAGCUUUACAACCGGGAUGCAUUUUUUUGUUGUACCUUAGAAUUUUCGAUAAA